CUCCGACUGUGCUGGGGCCGCCUCCGUAAGGCGCUGCUCGGGGCGGUAAGGGCUGCAGCUGCGCCUCAUGGUGCCUUUGCCCGUCCAGGCUGCAAGAUGAGGCUGCUGGUUGCCGUACUCUUGCUGGUGGCGCCUCUCGUCGCCGCCUUCUACUUGCCCGGGUUGGCGCCUGUCAGCUUCUGUGAGGAGAGCGAGCAGACCGAGAGCUGCAAGUCACUAAUUGAGCUCUUCGUGAACCGGCUGGACUCUGUUGAAUCAGUUCUGCCUUACGAAUAUGAUGCUUUUGACUUCUGUCAAGAUAAGGAAGAGAAAAGACCAUCAGAAAAUCUUGGACAAGUGCUGUUUGGGGAGAGAAUAGCAUCGUCGCCAUAUAAGUUCACUUUUAAAAAGCAAGAAAUUUGCAAGAAGGUUUGUACAAGAUCAUAUGACCCAGGAAACAGUGCUGAUAAAAGCAAACUGGCUUUUUUGAAGAAAGGAAUGCAAUUGAAUUAUCAGCAUCACUGGAUUAUCGAUAACAUGCCUGUAACGUGGUGUUAUGAUGUGGAAGAUGGACAAAAAUACUGUAAUCCAGGAUUUCCAAUAGGAUGUUUUGUUACUCCAGAUGGUAGAGUUAAAGAUGCUUGUGUUAUAAAUUCAGAGUUUAACAAGAAGAACACUUUCUACCUCUUCAACCAUGUUGACAUAACAAUCAUGUACCACAGCGGGAAGGAUGAAAACUGGCCUGGUGCAAGACUGGUGAUGGCAAGACUGAGACCACAGAGCUACAAGCAUACAGAUGAGAACAACUUAAGCUGUGAAGGCCCACCUAUGGAGAUUCCUGGAGAAUUCACCAAUAAACUCAAUUUGGUUUACACCUACUCUGUGACAUUUGAAGAAAAGAAUAAUAUUAAGUGGGCUUCCAGGUGGGACUACAUUUUGGAGUCCAUGCCGCAUACAAACAUCCAGUGGUUUAGUAUAAUGAAUUCCCUCGUAAUUGUUCUGUUCUUAUCUGGCAUGGUGGCUAUGAUCAUUCUGAGGACUCUGCAUAAAGAUAUUGCAAGAUACAACCAGAUUGACUCUUCUGAAGAUGCCCAAGAGGAAUUUGGCUGGAAGCUGGUUCAUGGAGAUGUGUUUAGACCUCCCAGGAAGGGAAUGUUACUGUCUGUCUUUUUGGGCCAAGGAACCCAAAUUUUCAUUAUGACGUUUAUUACUUUAUUCCUAGCUUGCCUUGGUUUCCUUUCUCCUGCCAACCGUGGUGCUCUGAUGACCUGUGCAGUUGUAUUGUGGGUCUUACUGGGAACUCCAGCUGGUUAUGUGUCUGCUAGAAUGUACAAGACAUUCAGAGGUGAGAAGUGGAAGACCAAUGUCUUGCUUACAGCUCUGCUCUGCCCUGGGAUUGUCUUUGCUGAUUUCUUCAUUAUGAAUCUCAUUCUGUGGGUGAAAGGUUCCUCAGCUGCCAUCCCAUUUGGCACUUUAGUUGCUAUCCUUGCUAUGUGGUUUGGAAUUUCAGUCCCACUAACCUUUGUUGGUGCCUAUUUUGGCUUCAAAGAGAAGCCUAUUGAGCAUCCAGUGCGUACAAACCAGAUUCCUCGCCAAAUCCCAGAGCAGUCAUUUUUCACAAAGCCAUUGCCUGGUAUCAUCAUGGGUGGUAUCUUGCCUUUUGGCUGUAUUUUUAUUCAACUUUUUUUCAUUCUGAAUAGCAUUUGGUCUCAUCAGAUGUAUUAUAUGUUUGGAUUCCUGUUCCUCGUUUUUAUAAUUCUUCUAAUUACAUGUUCAGAGGCUACAGUUUUGCUGUGCUACUUCCACCUGUGUGCAGAGGACUAUCACUGGUGGUGGAGGUCAUUCUUGACCAGCAGCUUUACAGCAGUUUAUCUCUUUAUCUAUGCAGUCCAUUACUUCUUCUCCAAACUCCAGAUAACAGGAACUGCCAGCACCAUUUUAUACUUUGGUUACACAAUGAUCAUGGUCUUGAUUUUUUUCCUUUUCACAGGAAUCUGUUCUCUGUCAUGUUGUGUUCAUCAGUGUCUUCCGAAAAGCCUGAGCUGCAGAGGUGUGCUUCUUGUUGAUAGUUUCAGUUUGAAUGUGCUUUGGAAGAGACAAAUAAAAGCAACAUCCUGGUAUGGUCUUAUCUAAACCUUACCUAAAUACUUCUCCUGUUCUAAUGAGAGGCUCAUUUUAAUAAGGGUUGAUUUUCGUUUUGGUGCAAGAUGAGCUUAGAAAAAUUGUCUAGAUUGAAGUGCUACCUAUGCUCUUCAAGAAAAUACAUUUCAAGCCAUGCAAUGUGAUAUGGCAAGGUUGGAUUUUAACUAGUGCCUCUAAUAAUAGCAAUUCUACUGGGUAGAGGUACAGGUGUAGGAAACAGAGUGUGCAGUUAUCUGUAUUUUAAGAUAGGCUUUAGUCAAAGUAGUUAAAAGGAUAAUCUGAAAACCUGUGAUACUUGUUAGCACCAGUCUAAAGAUCCAGUAUGAAGUGCUCAAAUCUGGAACAAGGGACAAAUUUGUAAAAUGGGUUAAAACACAGAAAAUGUGGAAGACAUUCUGGCUAGAAUUUUCAAAUAAGCCACAGUAGUUCUGAGAUAUUUUUUUCCCCAGUUGCUACUCAUUUGCAGAUCCCUUUGACUGGGAUAUUUAUUGCUGUGUAGGAAACCAGAAACAUUUUUACUGCUUUACCUUUUUUGGGCCUUAUAGUGUUCGUGGAAUCACAAGCAUCCCAAGGGCUGAGGGGGAAAACACACUGAAUUUCAGUGGAACCAGGUGCUGUGCUGUGGUUCAUGUUCUUAAAAAUAGAGGCAAAAAUUGUGCAAUUUUUUUUUUUUUUUGUACUAACAUAAGCAAUCAUGUAGGUAAAGCUACUGUUCAGGAGAACCUUAUAAAUAAUGUUCUCUUACCUUAUAUUAAUUUCUGUCCAGUAAUACUGGUUGCAAUGUCAACACAACUCUGCUGACCUGAGCCUUUAGAAGCUUCUAGUCUAUUUGGCCCAUGUUAUUAGGGAAAAAAAAAAAAAAAGGCACUAAAACCCCUAGUUGAUUUGGUGUGAUUCAUUUGCACUCCUAAAUCUGCAGUUGGAUUUCUAACCUAGUUGAAAACCAGUUUUCAACCUAGUUUGUGGCAGUACCUUUAAACCAUUCUGAUCUUAGCGCAUCAAGUGGCUCUUUAGGAGAGGUACCUUUAACAGACGAUGGAGUCUUUAGUUUGAUGUUCUGGUUUUGAUAUUUCUAGUCCUUAGGGCUAUCCACAUAUGGAGUUUGUAGUAUAUAUUUGUUCAUGGGAGGGAAGAAGAAAUUACAGUGGUGGUUAGCCCCAAUUAUUGAUGCAGAGGUAGCAACAGAAGGAAUCUGUGCUCACCAGAGAAGGUUCUGAUUACCUAAGUCUGUGUCUUGGUGAUGAGUGUUGCCUUUCUCUCCUGAAUUUAUGAUUCAAAUCUGGUAUCAGACAAACAUUACUACUUAAAAAGCUUCCAGUACAUCGGCAAAAA